AUGGCGAUACAUUUAUACAAAACUUCAACCCUGAGCACACGCAAUGGAGCCGUAGACAGUCAAGUCAAAUCCAAUCCACGAAAUAAUUUGAUCUAUGGACAACAUCGUUGUGGUAAAGGCCAUAAUGCCAGAGAAAUCAUUACCGCAGGGCAUAAAGGGGGAGGUCAUAAGCGUCUAUACCGUAACAUCGAUUUUCGUCGGAAUGAAAAAGACAUAUAUGGUAGAAUCGUAACCAUAGAAUACGACCCCAAUCGAAAUGCAUACAUCUGUCUCAUACACUUUGGGGAUGGUGAAAAAAGAUAUAUUUUACAUCACAGAGGGACUAUAAUUGGAGAUACCAUUGUUUCUAGUACAUAA